AUGGACAAGCCAGGACCUAGUAAAAAACGUAAGGUUAAAGAUGAAAAUCGGCAGUUUCAAGAAAUUUGGACUGAGAAAUACUUUUUUGUAUGGUCGCAUAACAAAGUCGUUUGUUUAAUUUGUAAGAAUUCUGUUGUGAUUGCAAAGGAAUAUAAUGUAAAAAGGCACUAUGAAACGCAGCAUCCUACUUUUACCAAGUUUACAGGCGAAUUAAGAAAGCAAAAAAUGUUGUCUUUAAAACGGGAGCUUAUUGGGCAGCAAGCUAUGUUUACAAAACCCAUUCAAGAUUCAGAAACAGCUACAGAAGUUAGUUAUGAAAUUUCUCGAAUGAUAGCAAAGCGAAGUCGCCCCUUCAAUGAUGGGGAUUUUGUAAAAGAAUUCAUAGAAAUUGCCGCUAAGAAAACGUGUCCAGAAGCAGCAAAAAAGUUUGAGAAAAUUCAACUGAAUCGUAUGACUAUCCAAAGACGAAUUAUGUCUUUGUCAGUACUCGACGAAUCCACUGAUAUUAGUUCCACAGCUCAACUUCUGAUAUUCAUACGAGGUGUUACUCAAGAUUUUGAAGUCUUAGAAGAGUUAUUAGGAAUGUGUUCAUUGAAAGAUCAAAACAGAGAAGUUGAUAUACUCAAUGUACUUUUGGAUAAGUGUUCAAAAACUGAUUUGGACUUAUCAAAAUUAUCGGGAGUUGCGACUGACGGUGCUCCUUCGAUGAUUGGUGUCAAUUCUGGGCUAGUUACUUUGCUGAAAAAGCAUCUGCAAGAAAAAAACAUAAACGCUGAAGAUCUCAUGCAGUUUCACUGCAUUAUAGAAGAAGAAGCCCUCUGUUCUAAAAAAAAUUGA